UAGUGGAUUGAAGUCUGGUAAUUUUAUUGUUGGGCUACUGGAGGCUUCCUGCUGUCUCCGGGUAAGAAGACCGUCGGUUGGAGCUUCACCCGACAGUAUCAUGCCCCCCCCCGGCCAACAGCUGCUACCCACAUAGAGGUCAGACUUCAGAGGUUGCUCCACCUCUCGUUCUGGGCCAUCGCCACAGAGGAUGCUGGGAAUGUGUCGCGGGCGCAGGAAGUUCCUCGCUGCCUCCCUCGCCCUGCUCUUCAUCCCCGCACUCACCUGGCUCUACCUCUCCGCUGGCAACUUCCAAGUGAAGCCCCUCCCCCUGUCCCCCCUGUUGCCUCAGUUGUCCACGUUGACGGCCAGGGGCGGGGCCUUGGGAGGGGGUGUGUCUAGGGAGGCGUUGGAGCUGAGGGUCCGUGAGGUCGAAGAGGAGAACCAACUUCUCCGCCGUGAACUCAGCCGACCCCCCCGGAGCCCUGCUGGCCCUGCUCCACAUCACACCAAUCACCGCGGCAACCAGAGCAAGACUCACUCGGAGGAGGGAACAGGGGACAACGAGGCGGGGCUUAAAGCUGGCUCCUCGGGCAACAGGUCAGACUGUGUGCAGCAGCCAGCGGUAGACAAGUGUGAGGUGAACCAUUCACGUGCCAUCGUGUGUGCCGGGUACAACGCCAGUCGUGAUGUGGUGACACUCGUCAAGUCAGUCCUUUUUCACAGGCGAAACCCUCUCCACUUCCACAUCAUAACGGACUCUACAGCCCAGCAGAUCCUAGCCUCUCUGUUCCGUACCUGGAUGGUCCCUGCUGUCAGGGUGGACUUCUACGAUGCAGACGAAUGUCAGGCUGAGGUGUCGUGGAUCCCCAACAAGCAUUAUUCCGGUAUCUACGGUCUGAUGAAGCUGGUGCUCACCAAGACCUUACCCCCAGACCUGCAGAAAGUCAUCGUCCUGGACACAGAUAUCACCUUCGCUACGGACAUCGCUGAGCUCUGGGCCGUCUUCCACAAGUUCAAAGGUCAGCAGGUUCUAGGUCUGGUGGAGAACCAGAGUGACUGGUACCUGGGGAACCUGUGGAAGAAUCACCGGCCCUGGCCCGCCCUGGAGAGGGGCUUCAAUACAGGUGUGAUCUUGCUGCUGCUGGACCGACUGAGGAAGCUGCGGUGGGAACAGAUGUGGAGACUGACAGCAGAGAGGGAACUGAUGAGCAUGUUGUCUACAUCACUGGCUGACCAGGACAUCUUCAACGCCGUGAUCAAACAGAACCCCUUCCUGGUUCACCAGCUGCCCUGCUUCUGGAACGUCCAGCUGUCAGACCACACCCGCUCUGAGAAGUGCUACAAGGAUGUUUCAGACCUCAAGGUCAUCCAUUGGAACUCUCCUAAGAAGCUGAGAGUGAAGAACAAGCAUGUAGAAUUCUUCAGGAACCUGUACCUCACCUUCCUGGAGUACGACGGAAACCUCCUGAGACGAGAACUCUUCGGCUGCCCCAGCGAGACAGACCACAACAGCGAAAACCUCCAGAAGACUCUGUCAGAGCUGGAUGAAGAUGAUCCGUGUUAUGAGUUCGCCCGGGAGCGUUUCACGGUUCAGACCCACCUCUAUUUCCUUCACUACGAAUAUGAACCCAGCACGGACCACACAGACGUUACACUGGUGGCACAGCUCUCCAUGGACAGGCUCCAGAUGUUAGAGGCGAUCUGUAAACACUGGGAAGGUCCUAUCAGCCUGGCCCUGUAUCUCUCUGACGCUGAGGCUCAACAGUUCCUGCGCUAUACCCAGGGGUCAGAGGUCCUGAUGUCCAGGGGGAACGUGGGCUACCAUAUCGUCUACAAGGAGGGUCAGUUCUAUCCGGUCAACCUGCUCAGGAACGUAGCCAUGCGGCAGGUCAACACGCCCUACAUGUUCCUGUCAGAUAUCGACUUCCUGCCCAUGUACGGCCUCUACGAGUACCUCAGGAAGUCAGUGGUACAGCUGGACAUGGCUAACAGCAAGAAAGCGUUGGUGGUGCCGGCCUUCGAGACGCUCCGUUACCGUCUGUCUUACCCCAAGUCCAAGGCCGAGCUGCUGUCCCAACUGGACAUGGGGACUCUAUUCACCUUCAGAUACCAUGUCUGGACGAAGGGUCAUGCUCCCACUAACUUUGCUAAGUGGAGGACUGCCACCACGCCGUACAGAGUCCAGUGGGAAGCGGACUUUGAACCCUACGUGAUGGUGAGACGGGACAGUCCAGAGUACGACAGGCGCUUCGUUGUUGGGUGGAAUAAAGUGGCUCAUAUUAUGGAGCUGGAUGCACAGGAGUAUGAGUUUGUGGUUCUGCCCAACGCCUAUAUGAUCCACAUGCCUCAUGCUCCCAGUUUCGACAUCACCAAGUUCCGGUCCAACAAGCAGUACCGCGUCUGUCUGAAGACCCUGAAAGAGGAGUUUCAACAGAACAUGUCUAGAAGAUACGGCUUCGCUGCCCUCAAAUACAUGACUGCAGAGAACAACAGCUAGCCAACACCGAUGAGCCAGGACACUCUGACCCGUUAUUGACUACACUACCCAUAACACCCUUCUCUACGGCUGUCUAGGACUACACUUCUACCCAGGACCCCUCUGGGCUGGGCAGAGGAGAGGGAAAGGGCAGUGGAUUCUAAGGACAGUCGAUGUAGGGGAGUCAGGAGUGGACAGAACGGUUACUAAAGACUCUUACUACGAACUCUGACCCGUUAUUGACUACACUACCCAUAACACCCUUCUCUAAGGCUGUCUAGGACUACACCUCUACAGAGGAGAGGAAAAGGGCAGUGGAUUCUAAGGACAGUCGAUGUAGGGGAGUCGGGAGUGGACAGAACGGUUACUAAAGACUCUUACUACGAACUCUGACCUUUGUGCCAACCGAUCACGAGGUUUUAAAUUGUGAGCUCUGCUUCUUGUGAACUCUCACCUUUUAGUUUGGGGUUAUGACCUGGUUUGAGACGGACCAGCGUUAACCAACUGAAGGGUAACCGGGGGUAACCGUAAGGUCGUUGUGUCCCAAACAUUGUUUUUUUUACCCCUUCCCGAGGACGGAUGGAGCAGUCUGUCCAGAAGUUGCAGACCUGGUUUCUAUCUGGUUUCUGGCUGGGAGAGGAAGCUGU